CUUGGGCAGCCCACAAGGCGUGGGGCAGCGCCACGAUGCGGAAACUUGUCACCGUCGUCGCGGUCGCCGCGGCCUGGCAGCGCUACGACGAGGGCAGUGACGCGCGACGUCGCAUAGUCGAAGCCCACGCAUCAGGAGACGCGAACGCGGUAGCACAACUAGCGCAAGCACAGCUCGACAGCCAUGGAGAGGACGGCCAGAAACCAUCAUUCAACCAUUUCUUAGGAUGGGCCCGCUUCCAAAGGGGCGACCUCGGAGGCGCGCGCGACGCGUUCCUGGCCGCUGUUGAGCACGAUCCUCAUGAUGCACGGAGCUGGCUGCACCUGGGAGCGUCGUUACUCAGCGCGUUCCAGAUCCCGGCGGCGACGGCGGCCUUCGCGAACGCGAACGACGCGGCCAUAAAGACCGGGGACGGCGCGACGGCGCGGGACGCGUUGGCCAAGCUCGUGAAAGCGAAAGCCUGGGUCGCGGACUGGGCCGGCUUCGACUACGCCGUCGAGGCCGUCGCGCAGGACGCUUCUUCCACGGAAGGCCUCGGGGUGGCUCAUGUUGCUGCUCGACUACCUCUAGAUGUGUUGAGGGAGCUCGCGAGGCACCAGCCCCACGCGUCCAGUAUUGAUGGUGUUCCGUCAUCACCAACAAGUCGAAAACGCGGCAAGCUGCGCGUCGGGUUCGUUACUUCGGACUUCGGAGCCCAUCCCGUCUCUGCGACUUUAAGAGGGGCAUUGCUGGCGCUGGACGCGCACUGUGACGUACGUGUUUAUUCUCUCGGUUCUGGUGAUUCUUGGUGGCGGCGGAACGUGUCCGAUACGCUCCUGGAUAGAUUCGUGGAUCUGGGCGAUACGUAUAGUCCAGUGAAGGCCGCAUCGAGGUUCCUCGGAGAUGACCUGGACGUCAUUAUUGAUUUGCACGGCCACACCUUACAUAGUGGUUUACCGCUAUUAGCGCACCCUUCACUGUCAAAUGUACUAAGGUUGAGCUUUUGCGGCUGGCCUCAGACGACAGGCGCGUCGUUCAUCAAUUCUAUAGUGGCCGACAAGGUCGUGGCCGUACCUGAACAAGCGUCGAGGGAAUUCACGGAGAAACUCAUCAUGCUUCCUGAGUCGUAUCUGCCGGCCGACCACGCUAAUCUCGUGGGUUCCGUUCUAUCGCGACCGCGAGCUACAGCGGAGGACGUGAACCACACUUCCGGUUUCGCCUUCGGUUCCUUAUCGUCCUUCCAGAAGCUCGAUUCUACGAUUUUUGAUGUGUGGGCGAACAUCCUGCGACGAAGUUCCAAGAGAUCCGUACUCAGGUUGAUGCGCUACGCCUUGCACGACCUCGCCGAACCGAGACUGCGCGAGGAAUUGGCGGCGCGAGGUGUGCAUCCUUCAAGAUUGGAGUUCAUCCAAAUGGCACCCUGGCUCGACCAUGUGUGGCAGAAGAGUCAUUUAGAUGUGAUGUUGGACUCUAUCGUCAAGUCGGGUCAUUCGGUAGUGCAGGACGGCUUGUGGGCUCAAGUUCCGUCUAUCUCAUUAGCUGGGAAUCGCAUGGAGGCGCGCGCGGGUGCGACGGCGUUACGGGCCGUGCGCCUAUCAGCUUACACGGAGGCGUUGUCUCUGAGAGACUACGAGAGUUUAGCUGCUUCACUUGAAAGCGAUUCUAGAAGAUUGAUAGCUGUCCGUUCGUUACUGAAGAAGCGCCUGACCGCGGCGCCGCUCUUCGAUACUGAAAGGUGGGCUAGAUCAUUCUCUCAUGCCUUACACGCGGCCUACGAGGCCUUUUCUCAUGGCAACGCCCACGUCGUCGUCAAGGACGCGCAACAUGCAUCAAGAUUCGACAUCGACGACGUCCACGACGGAAACGAGUCCCAAGCGAUACUACUACGAAUACAUGGCCAAACGCACAAGGCCGGCUGGCGCAACGUCCACACUGUACCAGGUGAGAGUGUAGACCACGUCCUACAAUUGGACAAUCUCAAGGACUUCGAGGACGCGUCCGUGGCCGCGAUUUACGCCGAAGCCCAGACACUCGAGGAGGCGCCGCCAUCAUUGCAUGUCCUCCAAGAGUGGUGGCGCGUGUUACAACCGGGCGGCGCCUUCUUCCUGAGCGCGCCGGACAUGAAGGUGCUGUCGGCCUUUCUGGCGCGCGACGACCUUGCGCCGGCCGAGCGGGACGCGCUGACGGAGCUCAUGUUCCAGAGAACUGCCGUCGACUUCGAUCUACUAAAUCGAACGCUCAGCACGGCGGGGUUCUGCGACGUCGAAAAGGUGCGCGGCUUCGGCCUCUUCAACGACACGUCCGCCGUCGCGUUUCGAGGAGAGCGCCUCGCGCUCAACGUCGUCGCGCGCGCGUGUCGGAAAGAAGGGCACGCCAUCACGGUCCAGUUCCCGGGCAUGGAGACAUAAUAUACUUACU